CUUCCAAUAGGCUCUCCUAAUCAUAUUAUCAGAACCUCAACCUUCUUCAUAUAAAUAUUGUGUUAAUCAAUUAUGUAGAACGUAUAUUGUAUGCUCUUCUUUACGUUCAUUCAAAUUCACACGAUAGGUACAACGAUGGGACACACUUACAUUAGACUUGGCUACCGAGAUGUUCAACUUCCAAACCGGAGACCUCACAGGAAGACGACAUAACGUGUCCUUCCCAGAUAUCAUUUUUGGGUGCGGCCACAUGAAUCACUUCGCGGAUAAUGAUACCCGCAUCUCCGGGAUUGUUGGCCUCGGCUCAUCUCGCUAUUCACUUAUUAAUCAAAUUGGUGGCAACCGAUUUUCAUACUGCUUGGUUCCCUUGUCACAUUUGAACGUGUCGAGUAAGUUGCAAUUCGGAAGCCAUCCCGCCACAGUGGUUCGUGGCCUGCCCGAGGUGGUUUCCACCCCGCUCAUUUUGAAACCUCCGAGGAUUUUCUAUUACCUGACUUUACUAGGAAUAUCAGUCGGAAACCAAACUGUGGUACCAACAACAGGCGGUAAUCAGCAGCAGCACAAAGGCAACAUCUACAUCGAUUCAGGGACGACAUUUAGCUUCCUGCCAACGGAUUUGUAUUUGGGUCUGGAAGAAACAGUGAAGAGCUCCAUAGGGCAGGAACCUAUGAGGCCAGACCCCAAGAGGAGGUUCCUGAGGUUGUGUUACCAAGGUUUGCGACCCGAGGAUGUUCCGGUAAUAACGGCCCGGUUUGAAGGCGGUGAUCUGAAGUUGAAUCCAGUUAACAGUUUUGUGAACGUUGGGGAUGGAAUUGGGUGUCUGGCUUUUGCCCCUACUAAGGGUGUCCCAAUUUUUGGGAAUGUGGCGCACACAAAUUUCUUGGUGGAAUAUGAUUUGGAGAAGAUGGUUGUAUCCUUCAUGCCUACUGAUUGUGCCAAAUGGAAGUAUUAAGAUGCUAGCGCAUUCACUGGGACCAAAAAGCUAUGAUUGAAAUGAAACGCUCUGUAAUGAUCUAUCUCAAAUGAUUUGCAGGUUCACUUUUAUUAGUAAAUAAAUGAGGGCUCG